UUGGAGCUACAUUGGAUUCGGGCUGGGAUUUUCUGACGCCGUAUGUUUUUCUUAAAUUAUUUGUUUCUUGAUACCGUUGGAGUUCGUAAACCGCGCGCGCAAAGCGCCGUAACAAGCAGUGGAAAUGAUGAACUCCAGUGUCGACCUGUCCCGGAGGAAUCCGCAGGAGGAUUUCGAGCUGAUCCAGAGGAUAGGAAGUGGCACAUACGGAGAUGUGUACAAGGCCCGUAAUGUAAACACAGGGGAGCUGGCUGCUAUCAAAGUCAUCAAACUGGAACCGGGUGAGGACUUUGCUGUUGUCCAGCAAGAGAUCAUAAUGAUGAAGGACUGUAAACACUCCAACAUUGUAGCCUAUUUUGGCAGUUAUCUCCGGAGAGAUAAGUUAUGGAUCAGUAUGGAGUACUGUGGUGGAGGUUCUCUGCAGGAUAUCUAUCACGUAACCGGGCCUUUGUCAGAGUCACAGAUAGCCUACAUGUCACGGGAGACACUGCAGGGUUUAUACUACUUACACAAUAAGGGCAAAAUGCACAGAGACAUAAAGGGAGCCAACAUUCUCCUGACAGACAACGGCUAUGUUAAACUAGCUGACUUCGGUGUAUCGGCCCAGAUCACAGCGACCUUAGCCAAAAGGAAGUCUUUCAUUGGAACCCCAUACUGGAUGGCUCCAGAGGUAGCAGCAGUGGAGAGGAAAGGAGGUUACAACCAGUUGUGUGAUAUCUGGGCUGUGGGUAUUACUGCAAUAGAGCUGGCCGAACUGCAGCCACCCAUGUUUGACCUGCACCCCAUGAGGGCCCUGUUUUUAAUGACCAAGAGUAAUUUCCAGCCUCCCAAGUUGAAAGAUAAACUCAAGUGGACAAACAACUUCCACCAUUUUGUCAAACUGGCCCUCACCAAGAACCCAAAGAAGAGGCCGACUGCUGAGAAACUUCUGCAGCACCCAUUUGUGUCGCAGCCUCUCAGCAGGACACUGGCUAUCGAGCUGUUGGACAAAGCCAAUAACCCUGACCACAGCACUUUUAAUGACUUUGAUGAUGAUGACCCUGAACCAGAGUCUCCGGUGUCUGUUCCUCAUCGUAUCCGCUCCACCAGCAGGAGCGCAAGGGAGGGGAAGACACUGUCAGAGAUAAACUUUGGUCAGGUGAAGUUUGAUCCUCCAUUGAGGAAGGAAACAGAACCUCAUCAUGAGCCGUGUGAAUCUGAGCCCUAUCUGGACUGUGUUGAGGAGCUCUACUAUACCGCCAGAUCUAAUAUGGACCUACAGUUGGAGUAUGGCCACGAUUCACCAAGUCUACUGGGAGGGAACAAGAGCCUUCUGAAAUCUGUGGAGGAGGAGCUGCAGCAGAGGGGCCAUGUGGCACACUUAGGGGAUGAUGAGGAUGAGGAUGAUGAUGGUGCAGAUGAUGAUGAAACUCACACUCAUAAAUCAAGCACUAUCAUGAGGCCAAAGGUCCCGCCUCCUCUUCCUCCCAAGCCCAAGUCUAUCAGCACGCCCCAACAGCAACACAAACACGACGAGAGCCAGGCACACAGCGAGGACGAUGGCGGAGGAGGAGGUACCAUCAAACGCUGCCCGGUCCCGGAGACUCCUAGCCCUGCCAAGCCUGCCUCCAACGUUCCCCCGCGACCCCCGCCUCCGAAGCUGCCACCCCAUCGCCGCAGCAGCUUAGGUAACGAGAGCCCCAAGCGCAUGGAAGAGGAAAACUCUGCUCCAGAGGAUGAUGGGAGCUUUAGACAUUUCUGGGAGUGGCUCCACAAGCCUCACACAGAGGAGGAGCUGGAGGAGGCGUGGGAGGUGCUGAAGGAGGUGAAAGAGGAGCAGGAAAAAGAGCAAGAAAAGGAAGAGAGUAAUGGGCUGAAUUCUCCACACAGUGGAGAGAGGGACAGUCCAGCUGAACGACAGUCCACUAUGCCCCCUAGUGUCCCCAUACGGAAAGAAAAGAAAGACGUUCCGAAGCCGAUCAGUAACGGUCUACCCCCGACACCAAAAGUCCAUAUGGGUGCAUGUUUCUCCAAGGUGUUCAAUGGUUGUCCUUUGAAGAUCCACUGUGCAACAUCUUGGAUCAAUCCCGACACCAGAGACCAGUAUUUGAUAUUUGGAGCUGAGGAGGGAAUCUACACAUUAAAUCUCAAUGAACUGCAUGAGACCUCAAUGGAACAGAUCUUUCCCAGGCGGUGUACCUGGUUAUAUGUCAUGAACAACUGUCUUCUUUCAAUAUCUGGGAAAGCCUCUCAGCUGUACUCUCAUAGUCUGAGUGGCCUGUUUGAACAGGCCAGACAGUUACAAAAGCUACCAGUAGCCAUUCCCACACACAAGUUGCCUGACAAGAUGAUCCCCAGGAAGUUUGCUGUGUCCAAUAAAGUUCCAGACACUAAAGGGUGCCAAAAGUGCUGUGUAGUACGUAACCCAUACACAGGCCACAAGUACCUGUGUGCAGCCUUCCAGUCCAGUGUCAUGCUAUUGGAGUGGGUGGAGUCUAUGCAGAAGUUCAUGCUCAUCAAGAAUAUCGACUUCCCGUUGCCAUGUCCGUUGGAGGUCUUUGAAAUGUUGGUGGUCCCGGAGCAGACAUACCCUCUCAUCUGUGUAGCAGUUAGUAAAGGCACAGAACUCAACCAGGUGGUCCGGUUUGGCACGGUAAACCCCAACUCUACCUCCUCCUGGUUCACAGAAGCAGACACACCACAGACAUGCGUGAUCCAUGUCACCCAGCUAGAGAGAGACACCAUUCUAGUCUGCCUUGACAGGUGUAUAAAGAUAGUAAACCUACAGGGAAGGUUGAAAUCAAGCAGGAAGUUGUCAGCAGAGUUAACCUUCAACUUCCAGAUUGAAGCCACAGUUUGUCUUCAAGACAGUGUACUGGCCUUCUGGAGGCAUGGCAUGCAGGGACGGAGUUUCAAGACCAACGAGAUCACCCAGGAGAUUUCUGACAGCACACGCAUCUUUAGACUACUGGGAUCAGACAGGGUGGUGGUGCUGGAGAGCAGGCCGACGGACAACCCCACAGCCCACAGCAACCUCUAUAUCCUGGCAGGCCACGAAAACAGCUACUGAAACACACACCGUCACAGAGAAACACAUGCACAUAAACACACUCUUAAAACAGCCUACCACUAAAGCAAACAAAGGGGUGGUACACUAAGCCCAACCCUAUUGCUAACCCACCCAAAAACUCCUGUUGGCUGUGUAACUGAGAGAUGAGGGAGCUGUUGGUGGGUGCUGAUGUGGAUUUCCAGUUGCAGACGCUUAAAUAAAUCACAGUGUUACAUGUGUACUAGCUAAGAGUGUCGUAGUAGAGCAGCGGGUUGUAGACACUUUUCUGACACAGUGAGGUUUAAAACUGCUGUUCUCUCACCCCUUGUGAAACCCUCCCCUGCACACUGGGAAAAAAAAACUGCUCCCAGCACAGAAGUCUGACUUCAACACUACUUCUACUACUACUUGUACACAUACUACAACUACUACUACUGCUACUGCUACUUGCGCUAAAGCUUCACAGAAGAGCCAUCUUGCACAGAAAACUUUUUGUCCCUCAUCGUCUUUCCCUCUGUCUCCACCCCCCCCUUUUUUUUAACUACACCUUUAUUUAUUGUGGCAUGAUGUAACUUUAACAACCAGGAUGGCUCACCUGUUUUAUUUUUUUUGUUGUUGUUUUUUUAAAAAAAGGAUAAAAAAGUGAAAACAGACGUAAAAAAGCUUUGCCACUUCUGCUAGCAUUGAAUUCCAAUACCCGUCACCACACCACACAAGUGCUUAAUUGACCUCUAUUUAAUUGUUGUAAAUAUAAAUGUAGUAUUUUUUGACAGACGAACACUAAAAAGACUGGUCAUGUAGAUAGGCGUGUGUAUAGUUGCUGUGUACGACAGAGAGAUGAGACAGGCACGGAGGAGUGACAGGAAGCCCCCUGCAGUCUCCUCAGGUGGGCAGCAUUAGUAAUGAGAUGCUACUCGAAAACAAUCUGGAGCUCAGGAUUGGACUGAGCAAACACUGUAAACAGCACCGACUGGUUAUUUUGCUUCAUGCACGUCUGCACAGUCAUCAGGGCUGCAGACGAUACAAGUUCAUACAUUUUACGUUUUUUGUUUUCUCACCUUUUGACAUAAUCCUCUAAUUUUAAUGAUUUUUUAAUCAAAGAGCUUUUUUCCCUAUCAUUCUUUUCUUUAUUUUUAUGGAACCACUGGUGUUACAAAUUUGCACAGAGAAAAAAGUAUUGACAAACAAAUGUGAUGUCAUUAUAAUAUAUGACCUUGUGUAUAUGCACAGUGUGUGUAUGUAUGUGUGUGCGUAGACAUAGAAUAUGCACAUACAAGUGCAUCAUGUACAGAUCUGGUCUUACAGAAGUAACAGGUGUGUUUCUGCCUGAUGCCCAAGAAGAAAAAAGCUGGAUUUACACAGAAAUACACAUUAAUAAUACCAUGAAAACUUUAUUUCAUUUAACCUCUGAAUGUCUGGAGUAGGCACGAUAGAAAUUAUGGGUAUUUAUCCUGCUAAUUAACUAUAUAUAAAAUUGUUGACAACUCAAAUAUUUUAAAGAACUAGUAGCAGGAAGCUCAUCUUCAAUUGUAAUCCAAAGAUGAUAUAGUAAAAGCUAAGCCCUUAGUUUUGAAAGUACUUGAUAAAGACCUUUUAAACAAGCGCAAUUACAGUACAUCAAGAUAAAAUAGAGAACAUGAACUUAAGGCUGAGCUUUCAUUCUUUUAGAAGUGUUUUCCAAAAAGAGGUUCGCAAAAAAGCUAAACAACAUUCUGGCUCUUAUGUGUGCAUUAGCUAUGCUGGACAAAAUUUUAUAAAUUAGUUUUCAAAGCAUUAAAGAUCUAGAGAGUCUUAGAUAAGUCACAGUGUAGUGCUAGCAACAACAAUAACGGAAAACUUGUUUUAUCUGCAGUGGAACCAGAAAGGCUUUGCUGGCAUUGAAUGAGCUAUCUGUUUACCUUAACAGAAAAUUGUUUGGUAGCACUUCAUUUUAAUAGGCUCUAAUUAGCUAGUUAUUACCCGAAAAAUUUAAGAUAAAUUGGAUAGUAAUUUUACAGUAACAAGUAUAAUUAACCCUGCAAUUUCUCAUGAAUAAUAACUUAGGAAUUACUUGGAAUUUUGCCACUAAUAACUUAGAAAUAUGGAAAAAUUAUUUUAGUAGUUACCUUGUAAUAAUUUAUUAAUAAUCAAGUAAUUCCUCUUAUUAUGGUAGCAGUUCUCCAUUAUUAGGUGGUGUUUAACCAAGUAAUUUCUUAAAAAGAAGGUGAUAGUUUUCUAUAUUAGAUAGUUGCUUGAUAAUUCCCAAGUUUCUUUAUUUCUUUAUUUUGGCACAUUAAUUAAAUUCACCCCUGAAACUUUUUGGGUAAUUUCUUAAUGCCUUCUUUCAGAAUUUCUUUAAAACUUCCUUUAUAAUUCAUGGGUAUUUUUUAGGUAAUUUUUCCAAACCAGCCCACUAAAUUAAAGUGAGUCCUAUCCCCAUAAUUCCCAUGUUAUUUUUGAGUAGUUUCUAAAUUCCUGCCUUCAAAUUGUAAGGUAGUUUUUAGUUUUUUAAAUUACUAGAAAUACUUAGGAAUAAUGGGGAAUAUUAUGAGGAAUAAUUGAUAAUUAAUACAUUAUUACAAGGUAAUCAUUACUUAACAAUACAGUAUUUCCAAGUUAUUACUUGGUGAAGUUAUUACUAGGUUAUAACCAUCUUAUUCUUGGUAAAUUAUGAGAUAAUUAUACUUACUACCUUAAAAUUACUCUGAUAUUACUGGUUAAUUAAUUACUCUGUAAUUACUGGCUAAUAAGUACCCACUAAAAUAAAGUGUUACCAAUUGUUUCUAUAUAUGCUCUUUCAAAAAAAGAACAAAACAUUAAGUGACAGGUGCUAAGAGAACAUAAGUGCAGCAAGAAAUGAAAUUUCUGUGUAAGUCCAAAUUUUUUACUCAUUCAUCAUAUUAUCAGAAGUUAACUUUGGACUUGUGACGUUUUUUUGGCAGACAGCAGUAGGAGAGAUCAUUUCAUGCAUGUAGAUGUGCAACUGUGGUGUGUAGGAGAGUCUACAUGUGGCAGUACACUACAAGUCUUUACAAGCUGUGACACAAAGGGGGGCUUAGAGGACGAGAACACUAAAUUAGCUGAAAGUAAAAACACAUCAUCACUUACAAAGCUGAAAUGUUUGGAUUCAUUUGACCAACGUGUCAUUUUUUUAUGCAUGAAUUUUCUCCAUAGUCAGUUUAGUUUAAGCUUUGAAUUGAAGUGUCAAGCUACCAGAAGAACUAGGCAUUGUUGAGGGUGUAUUCAGAUCAAUUACUGACAGCAAAAUGCGAUAGACUUGUGCUUGCAGAUAUGAUGUAUAAUGUUUAAAACAACUAUGGAGUAAAUGAAAAUUCGAUUCAACAUUUCAGCUCUGUGCAGAGGUGUCACUGAAUGUACAGUGAUGGUUGUAAAAGUAAAUGUUGCCAUGUUGGAAGGACUUGUAAUUUAGAAACGAAAGUAACAGCUUUCUAUUCAUGCUGAUUUCCCAUCAAACCUUCUGUUUUUUGGGGGGGGGGUUUUGUUUUUUGUUUGGUUUUUUUUUUUACUUCACAGAACCUUUGAACCGGAUUUUUGUCAUACCCAACAUGGCAGCAUGUCUCCUCUUGAAGAUAUUCAGUGACAUGACCCACACCAAUGCCCUUACACACUAUUUCAUAAAAUUUUCACAGGUUUUGUGUUUAGAUCACCAUUCACCCACUGGAUUCAGCUCCUGAUACUUUGCUGCAAGUAAUUAAAGAAGCAUUGUCUACAAAGUAUGAAGAGCUAGAAUCCACUGUGAGGAUGAAAAAAUGUCUUCACUUGUGUACACUUUUAUUGUAUAAACUUCCCACAGAAUGUUACUUUGCACCUGGAAAACAAAUGCCACAAAAAUGAAACAAACAAGAUGUUGAACGUAACUGCAAUGCAAGUUUGGAGUGUAAAAUUCCCAAAUAUGGAGCCCUUUGUAGGACUUGUAAUAUUGCCAUAAAUCAGCCAGAGAAGAGGCAGAUGUCAAUUGAGUUGAACUCUCUUCCUGGCAAUGCUGUGGUUUAUCCACGUCCACAUUUGGAUAUGUCUAAAUCCUGGAGGGAUAUUAUAGAGAACUGCUAUUCAGAGCGUCUAGCAGUUUCAAAAGUAACCAUAGACCUUCCUUUUUUUUUAAACAAUGCAUUUUAAGCAUUAUUUUAAAAUGCCUUUGAAUUAAAGUUGCUACCCCAAAUAAAGAUUUAGCUGCAAUUCUGUUCAUUAAUGUGCUUCUAGCCAACAUGUUUCAAGCUGUGUUAUAGUUACAGGGCCACGUUUAAGUCGUAUUAGCCUCAGAUUGACAUCAUCAGCCGUUGGGUCUAUUAAUCAUGUGUUAUAUGGAGGCUGAACUUUUUCGAUGUCAUCGGUCACUUGGCACCUAAAUGGUUGCGUGUACGACCUAACUUGUAACGGUUCAUAUUUUAAUGGGUAAGAGUAACUUUCAUUCUUGGAUCAAAUUGAUGUCAAACAACAUUGUUUUUAGAGUUUUUGAAUGUAAUGCCAAAUUAUGUUGUUUAAAACUUUUAAUGGCCACAUUUAGAGUAGUCUACCUCAUGGAAAGUCCCAGAUGAAAAAAGGAUUUGUUGGAUUCAAAGACGCUCAUCAACAGUGUUUACGGUUAAUAUUGAGCAAAACAUUGUCUCUGAGAUGUGUUACAGUGUCUUUCUUACUUCAUGUAUGUAAAAGACUAAAACUUGGGCCUUUAAACUAAUAAGACAUCACAUGAUGAUAAAAUUCCUUUGAAGGUGAAUUCAAAUUGUAAGCUUUCCUUUUUUCCAGAAUCUGCUUUUAAUCCGUAUUGAUUUUUUCCCUUUAAUUUUAGUGGGAUUGUCCCUUUUGCAGAUUUACAAAACAAGUUUAUACAGGAUAGAAUAAAGCUUUGUGAUGAUUUCUCCUCUGAUAGUCUCCAUCUUAAUCUAUUUUUCCCUUACACGGGUGCCAACAUGGCCUUUUAUUUCAGUUUCGAAGUAAUAUUUUGAAAAGUCUGUAAUUUUUUAAUCCAAGUUACCCUUUAGUCAAAUGAUAUGUGGAAAACCAGGUUAUAUUGUCUUUAAGAUGUAAGCACCAGAUAUGUGUCCAAAGCCACAUUAAAAGUGACUAAAUUGACACUGAGCUCACUUCACAGGGAUUGCCUGUUCUUGAACCUGAUUAAUCCAGAUUGAAGCAACCUUGAUGAGUAAGUUGUGGAAGCUGUUUAAGACCAAGUUUAUUCUGGAUAAAAUAACACAAAUCAAGUCUCCUCUGUUCUGUCGCUAUUACAUCACCUUUGUCUUUUGUUUUCAUAAUGCAAUGCACACGUUAUGAAAUGUAUAUAUUGUAAAAUAAAAAUGGGUUUGUUUUA